GCGCACUUGAAAGCUUUCAAGUUACUGGCAAACACUUUAUAACUUCAGUAAGGUCCUGCAUCUAAUAGAUGCACAAAUGUCUUAACCUUUCAAGACUUCCAAAGGCAAAACAUGUCACAUCCAUCAAUCUUCGUCGUACGACGCCAGGAUCUCCACUUCCUUUGCUCAUACGCUCCGUACCUUACAAUCGAAAGCGUGCAGUCGACCCCUCGCAUCCUGCAACGCUUCUCCAGUCACGCGACCUUCCAUGCUUUACAUGCCCAGCAUUUACUCUCAGGGCUGCGCCAAAAGCUGCACUACUCCUUUCAGACAUAGACCACAAGGACCCAGCGACGCGCCUCAAUAUUUAUACCCAUUUAGGAGAAGGCAAAGGAGCGUUGCAGUUGGACGAAGCACAAGAUACUCAUGGCAGGAAAAAGAUUGACAUGAACCUCUUCUCAGUCGUUUCCAAGAAGAAUAUCGAUAAACGAGCUGUCGUUCGCCAUCGUAUCAUCACACGGUUCAAGUCUGCUAUCGGUCUCAUCCUCGCUCAUGGAGCGGAUGCGGUAGAGGACACAAGCGCACAUGGAAAGAAUAAAACGAAAUCUAGUGCUCGAAGGCUAACCCUAAUUUCUACUGAUUCAAAACCGGGAAAAGGGCCGUCUGGAAAUGACUGGAUUUUAGCAGAUUGGUCAUAUCUCGUUGUGCCAACGCUGUUUGUUUAUCGCAUGCCCAUGGCCGAGCUUGUACAAUAUAUUCGUGCUGCGCUGGAAACCAUCAGCGAGAAAGCCAAGCUCCUAGAACGGAAAUGGGAAAAGACAUAUACUCUACCAUCUGCACCCCGCCUUCCGCUGCCAUCAAAGGAUCCCUCGCCCAUUUCUCCUCUCCCUGACAGAUCGACACCCCUCGAAACUCCUUCACAUACAACAGUAAUCAAUAAUGUACCACAGACAAUAGUCGACUUUCCAGUUCCUCCUGUUUCUCAGGACUCUCAUGUUGCAACUUUAAGUACGCCGAGACCCAUUCCGCGCCUUUUCUUCCCUAAUAUGCCACCACCACGUCCUUCUUCCUUGUCUUCCUCCAAGCCACAAAACGUCGUAGUCAAGUCGCAGUCACUGUUAUACGAGAAGGAGCCUAUCAUUUUACGACAGGACACAAACCAUUCUUCUCAAGGUGACGACGACGGCAGUUUUCGAAGACAAGCUCAUGCGCGCGAGAGAAAGCGCUGUAAGUGAUACAAAGAUCAAUGGGUGGGACCAGUAAUAUGUAGCGGAAAUAUCAUCCACGACUUCAGUGUUUAUAUGUCAUUCGGCGCCGUACAGAAAUUGGCUCACUCCAGAGAAGUGACUGAUCUGUCUGCCCAUUGAAUGUCACAUUGGAUUAGUCGAUGUUCAGGUCCUUCCCGUUUGUUGCUAUUAGAAGGCUUGAAGCACUUUCUCAACCGUUCGUUAUCUGAUUUACCAUGAUAACGCAUGGCGUUUGGCGUUCCCAACUGUAUGUGAUGAACGAAUUACAUUGCUGCAUUGGUAUCUUUUCGAGUUUCUCAAGCUCCCUGAAUUUUAUGCGGCGAGUAUUGCUGGAGUAGCAGUUCGGGGCUUAUUCUUUUCCUUCUUUCGAUCAAGAACAUAUUCUGCUCACACUUAAUAGCAGGUUCCGAAGAUCAAAGGAGUGAGCUAAUACCUUAAAUCUCAGCUGCGUUCUGUUUCAUGAUGUCAAUGCCAUGCUUUCUUGAUAUUACU